UUCAACGUCUCACUGUUCUUUUAACCUCACACUUUUAACUUAAUUUGGACAAAAAGGCAAACACACUUUGAGGAAUGGAUACGUCUGAGGGAACUUCAGCUUGUGCACAACAACAACAGAGGAUCGAGAUCCUGAACAGCCACAACGAGAAGCUGAUUGGUCUGCUUCACGAAACAGGAUCAAGAGAAGUUGUGGUGUUAUGCCAUGGAUUUCGAUCCAACAAGAAUGACACAGUCAUGAAGAGUGUGGCUGCUGCUAUUGAGAAAGAAGGAAUCAGCGCUUUCCGUUUUGAUUUCUCUGGAAAUGGAGAGAGUGAAGGCAGUUUCUAUUUUGGUAACUACAACCAUGAAGCUGAUGAUCUUCGUUCUGUCAUCCAACAAUUCUCUAACAUGGACCGUGUGGUUCCCAUCAUUCUUGGACACAGUAAAGCUGGUGAUGUGGUCCUCCUCUAUGCGUCCAAGUAUCACGAUAUACCCAAUGUAAUCAAUCUCUCGGGUCGUUAUAAUCUCAAAAAAGGGAUAGCAGAGCGUCUUGGGGAAGAUUUUCUGGAAAGAAUUAAGGCUCAAGGGUUCAUCGAUGUUAAAGAUGGAAGAUCAGAGUUCCGUGUUACCGAAGAGAGCUUAAUGGAGAGGUGGAACACUGAUAUGCAUGAAGCUUGCCUCAAGAUUGACAAAGAUUGUAGAGUCUUAACGGUUCAUGGAUCAGAGGAUGAGGUGAUACCAGUGUCAGAUGCCAAGGAGUUUGCCAAGAUCAUACCCAACCACAAGCUGGAGAUUGUGGAAGGAGCAGAUCAUUGUUACACCAAACAUCAAAGUGAGUUGGUUUCAACAGCUAUCGAGUUCAUAAAGACGGUCAUAGUGAAGAACAACUAGUUCCUGUGACCCUGGCUCAGCUGAAUUGUUGAGCCUUCCAGAGAGUGUCAAGGUUCUUGAGGGACUAUGAAUCUCAUCUACUUCUUCUGGCUGCAGCCACCAAUAUAUAUAUAUAUAUAUCCAAAUUUCCAUUUCUCAUUAAAACAUUUAGCAGCUUUGUAUUCACUUCCUUGGAAUUUUAUAGUUGAGCAAACACUCAAAGUGUAUUACGAGAUUACCAUGCCUUAUCUCUUUUAAAGUUUCACAAAGAAGUAUCAAAGUUUCUUUUGGC